UUAACACGAUCUACUACGCUCAUUGAUGUUAGCAACUAUACGAGCAGCAGAUAAACUUCUCAAGCUAUAUUGAUAUUACGCUUCUUGUAGUUUAUAUAUAACUCCUUAAGGUGCACUGUUGGUUCUGGACAAUUUUAAUUUUUCGAAGUAUUUAAGUAGAAAUCUACUUUGACAUCUUGAUGGUGUCUCAAAUAAGUAAGCCCUAGAGUUUUUGGUAUAACAGCCUAACUUUCAGCUGCACAAGCAAGAAUAGGACUAUAGGAGUAAGCAACAUGGUAUGGAAUGUGGAAAACUGUAAAGAAACUGUGAGCUUGUCUAUCAUCUUAUGGCUAGGUGCUAUGGUCAUGUUUCAGAGCAUCUUAGUCCUAAGAAGUGCUCAGAAGCAUUUCCAGUUUUGUUAUAAAUGCAUUUUAGGAUCCGUUCACUUCCAUUAAAAAAAUAACUGCAAAGCGCAUUUGAACUUAUCCAGAAUACACUUUAAGAUAAGUAAUAUAAUCUACAAGCCCUUUCUGAAUUUGGCUACUAACUCAUAGCAUUUAUUGAUAUGGGUUUUGUCUGAAAGGCCAUUAAAAAUGGGGUCUGAGACAUACUCUUGUGGGUUAAAUCUUCAUACGAUGAAGUAACCUUGAAAACUUCAAGUACUAGAUUUUGCAUUUGGACCAGGCUAGGAAUUCCAUAGAAACUCCACCGAAAAUCCUGUUUUUAACGUGGUAGGUUAGGAACGAACCAAGGAAUUGUGUAAGAUUAGCGAUGUGGUAUCUUUAAUGUUGCGACCUGUCGAACGGAAUGGGAACCUACUGCAGUAUAAAGAUGUGAAAUUACUGAUAUGCCCCUGGUUAGUAAGCCUAUAUAGAGCUAUAUGAAAUUUCAAGGCUGACAUAACAUAAAUUGUUUAAUUAAAACACGCAUUUGGCAUCAUAGAGUAAUGAUUGAAGAGCAUAUAUGAUUCAAAGAUUAAUGUCAAAGUUCAACCAUAUUGCCAAGUAUGGGUCGUUGAUUAAAAUGCAUCUAAGAUUCUAAAUGGUGACAUGUUAAUGCGUGGAAUUCGUAUCCUGUAUGUUGAUUCUCAACGGAGUUUAAUCAACAAUAGGUAUAACAAAAUCAUAGACUUUGUUAUGUAUCUAAUCAGCUGAAAUAACUAUUCUCCCAUGGCGAACAAUUAUAGAAAAAUAGGCAAGUGUAAUCAUUUAUCAUUUUCAUAGCAAAUAAUUUUGCUUACUUAUGUAUGAUAUUGGAUGUGCUGGUAUCUAUGUUUCCAAAACUGCCAAUCUAUUUGCUUUCUAUACCACUGCAUUUAAUGCAGCAAUCCAAUUACUGAAAUCUCUGUGGUUUCAGAAAUUUUGAGUUGGAUUCCAGAUAGUCUUGAUAUUAUGGCGCUUUUAAAGAUUAGGUGAACUUUUUGAAACCGGCUUCCAAAAUUUACUUUGUGAUUGCUUACGAGGGAGAUUAGGUCGUCAACAAAUACGAGGCAAACCCUACACGGCGGCUUUCACACACAAUUUUAUUGAGCUAUCGUUCAUUCUGAUUAGAACAGGCCUAGAACACCCACAUUGAACAUGGAUGCACCAGUCUUGAAUCUGAUGGAUUAUCAGAGCCGAGUGGCAACUUAUGAUGAUUUACUCAGAAGUUCAAUCCAUUAUUUCUUAGUCGAGUAUCCCAAAAGUGUAUCAAAUAUCUGCAAUUUGGUUUCACUGUAUCGUAAGUUGAUUGAAGACUUAAAAGAUCCGCCUCUUGGAAUUGUUUGGUUUUAUGGUGCUGUUGUAUUUCACAGCUAUAGACCAAGCAGUCUGCCGCCCCCAGGAAAACUAUUGGUUGCUGAGGACUUGCUGGAAUUGGUAAAUGAAUGCUCAAGUUUGUGCAGCGUGUUAAGGAAGGUUGCUGUCAUUGCUCCUGUUGUUUAUCUUCUGUAUCACCUAGAAUUUGAUUUUUCGGCCAGGGAUCCAUCCCUCAGAGAAGAGAUUGGGAUUGCUGUAGAGGGAAUAGUAAAUUAUAUUAGCAUUUGUUGUUCUCAGUAUUUGGAUGAGGGAGGUCAGGGGUCAGAAUAUUUAGGGGGUUAUAUAUUGGAUUUAAUAAGGAUUUGGAUGGCGGAUCCGGUCAGGGACAGCGGCAAAAUCAAUAUUUGGGCAUCUUUCUUUCCUACCCUGGGUAAUGAAUUUCAACCGGAAGUUACUGUCUGCUUAGGGUACCUGGCUGGGGUUGUCAUGAAUGAGACUCUAUUGUUAAGGUUGCGUCUGAAAAUCUCUCCUGGAUUUGAUAAAGAAGACUUGCAGAGAAAUAUGUUAAAUGUGGCUAUUCAGACAAUAAAGGGUUUUCAGAAUUUCUAUUUUCUAGGUGAGAGUGUCUUUUAUUUUGCUGUUUUAUUGGCGUUUUGGAGUCAAAGCUUAGAUACCCUUGGUUUUAGUUGGUUUAGAUGGUAAUCCUUGCCUUUCCUAUUCAGUUUGUUUCCCUUGCACUUUUGUUGAGUUUCACAGGACAUAAAUUUCACAUUUUGUAGAUCUCAGUUGGUUUUUGGUGAUUGGAUGCGCAUUAUUGUCCAUGAGAUUAUGUGGAAUAACUUUUGCAGAUUCUUUCCAUUUCUUCAGAUUCAGCGUCUGGAAAUGGAAAUUUCUGGUUUGAAGUGGAUUGUUUAAAAUUUAUCAAUUAAGAUCUGGGGAUUGAUUAUGUUUCUAUGUGCAAUUUUUUUACUUCUCGAUAACAAGUAUCAAUGCUAUAGCUUGACCUAAUUUUCAGCUUCUUUUGCCGCCUAUUAGCUCACACAUAAAAGUUAAGAGUCCUUUGUUUUUUCACUUGGACCAUACAUAUGUCAAAAUCUAUAACUUGCACUCUCUAUGCUUCUAGAAUUUUGUAAAAUAUUAGCUCAAACCCUAAGGGGGCGUUUACUUUGAAAGAUUAGCCUUGAUAGAUAAAAAUAGUAAGGCUAAUCCCUUGUUUACUUUGUUGGAUUGAAACUUUGGGAUAUCCCAAGGCCCUUGAUUAUUUUUAUCAUUUAAGCUUUGAUUCUUAUCCCAUUAAAAGGGUGGGAUUGGAGUAAUCCUACUCUUGAGGAUAAAAAUACUCAAUCAUCCAUUUAUCAAUCAUGCAAACUAAACGUCCCUAAAGGGAUAGCUUAAUUUAGAAAACCAAUCUAAAUGGUGCUUGAAGAUAAUGUUCAAGUCAUAUAGACAUAAUUCAUUUACUAGCAUAUUCUUUGUACGUUACUUUAAGCUUCUGGAUAAAACAAAAGAUGAGUUGUGGUUUCGUCAAGUUAUGUUAUUCUUCUGCAUCAUCAGGCAAUCCAAACACGGUGCUACUUUUCUUGAUUAUUUAAAGGAUCAGGUUUCUAAACAUGCUUGCAAGAUGUCAAGUUACAUAUUCGGAUAUAUCUGUCAAUAUUCCUGUCAUGACAGUCCUUGUUUCACAUGUUUGUACAAUUUUACUCUAAUGUGCUGACGGUGUGUUGCUCCU